UUCUUCAAUUCUUCAUUCGAGAUGGCGAAUUGUUUAGGAAUAGCCCUUGCUUGACUGCGAAACGCAUACACCCAGCAAUUUGAUUAAACGGGCUGUGCUCUAUGGGACCAACACAUCGAUUUUAUUGUUUCUUCUUUCAGCUUGCGAUAUCGCGACCGCGAAGUCCGGGAACUCAUUAAACCAGCCAUUCCCAACAUCCUCGUCGGCGAGUCCACGCACGUACGCACUUACCCCAAGACCCGCCCCGUCGACGACGCCACGACGCAAGGCAAGACAUACGGUCUGCUCGAAGGAUUUGCAUAUAUUUGGGGGUCUUAGAUCUUAGGGGAGGAUAACAUUAUUUCUAGAUAUUAUACAAGGCAAAAUAACUUGGUUCGCAACAUCCACUAGUAAAACACAGCACAAAGGGAGCGGAAUCCAGCAUGGAGCAUAUUAUGGAUGUUAGCUGGAUGACGCAUGGAAAAGACAACUGGAGGGAACAUGGCACGAAUUGGAAUGCAACUUCCAACCAAAUUACCGAUUCUCCUACCCCGAAUCGCCCGUUAAAACCUGCCACCCCGAGCAAAGUCAAUGGUAAACCUGCGUCCGCACCGCCAACUGCUUCUCCGGCCCCAUUUCCCGCUCCGACAGAAACACCCGUGCCCGUCAAAUCCAUACCUCCACGUCCAGGUAGGACAAGAAGUCAGUCAAAUGAGGGAUCUCCAGGUCAAAAUGGCACACCUCCCCAGAGGAAAGGAUCAUGGUUUUCCAAUAUUUCGUCUAAGUUCUCCGGAUCUCCCUCGAAUGGAAACGGAAAUGCAAAUACCGCGCCUCUAGCUCCGAUACCCCAAUCUCCCGAUACAGACGAUGUAGCUCCUUUGCCGAAAAUAUCACCCAGCAAGAAUGCCGUUCUACCCCACGCAUCGCGACAAAAUGGCGAUGCUCCAUAUAUCCCCGCUCCUCCCAAAGCGAACCAGCCUGGUUUCUUAGGUGUCUUCCGCCGCUUAUCAUCUUCGAGUGGUAACAUAACACCAGGCUCAAAAGCUAGUCAUGGUCUCGUAGAGCGAAAAGUCUUGAACGUUGAUAAACAUCGAGAGAGGUGUAAGGUCAACGAACUCAGCCAAGCAAAGCUUCGCCGGGUUGCCUUUUGCGUAGAUGUUGAAAUUGCACCGAUGCCUAGAUAUGCAGAUGAAGAGCCCGAGCCCAAGAAGCCUGCCGAUAAAGCCCAGAAACGAAAGAUGACCGAAAAGAGCGAAGGAGAAGCACUGAAGAAUCCUAAGGCUUUGGAAGAGCAAAAGGAAAAUAUUGGCGUGGUGAAGGCAACUGGUGAAGUUCUUCCGAAAGAGCCGGAGAAAGAGGGUAUCGAGUCGACAAACGGACAAGCAAAAACCAAUGGAGUCGCGAAGGAAGACGAACCCGUAAAAGAAAAGGAGACUACCCGCAAGAAGGAAAAGAAAAAGAAGAGUGAAGCGGAACGAAAGGCUAAGAAGGAACAGAAGCGUAAAGAGGCGCUUGAGAAGGGAGCUAUCCCUAUGGAGCUGCACCUUGACAGCGACAGUUCGACAGAAGACCUCUCAAUACAUUCGGGAAUAUCAAAGAUGCAGUCUGUUCCAACCACAAGCCCGGGGAGGAUAUAUCGACGAUGCUGUCAAUUGCGAGAGACAGAUAUUCUAACCAAGAUAACUGGGCAACUUCCAAAGACUACCGCAUCAUGCGAGAAUGGUAUUGUCGAGAAGCUGGACCUCACCGGGUAUUUCAUGUCGCUGCCAGACUUAAUUACUCUGGGAGAUUUCCUAGCUGUUGUUCCUAUCAGAGAAGUCAUAUUGGAGGACUGUGGGUUGACUGAUGAGGGCGUCCGAGUCAUUCUCGCCGGCCUCCUAGCAGCUCGAAGACCAACGAGCACUAGACUGCGAAGAUGCACUUCCAACUCGGUCGAUUUAACCCAGCAAGGGGGCGUCGUCCAAAGACUCGUAUUGAAGAAUAAUAGCAAGAUUGGGGUUGAGGGUUGGAAACAUAUCUGCCUCUUCAUCCACAUGUGUCGUUCUAUCAAAUAUCUCGAUCUUUCGAAUUUGACCUUCCCUAAAACCAUGGAGCCUGCGAAGACACCAAUCAGUCAUCAUCUCCACUACAACGUCGGACGUCAUUCUCCUCCCCCGGCCCCACUCGAUUUGGCUUUCCUACUCUCCAAGUCGAUUGCAGAACGGUUGGCUGGUUCCGAGUUGGAACUUCUAAAUUUCGGCUCGGUUGGGUUGACCACGAACCAACUUGGUGCUAUCAUAGACGGUGUUCUAAAAUCAGGAGUGAUAAGACUCGGUCUUGCUAACAACAACCUCGAUACUCAAGGUGCUCAGCAUGUCGCACGAUACCUGCGUGGCGUGAAAUGCGAAGGGCUCGACCUCGGUGGCAACGAUCUAAGAGACCACAUCGCCGAGAUCUCUGCGGCCUUUGAAGAACACGACGAACUUUGGGCUCUUAGCUUGGCAAAUUGCAAUCUUCGACCGGCCUCUUUGUGCAAGCUGCUUCCGAAAUUAGUGAAGCUUCGCAAUUUCAAGUUCCUUGAUCUAUCGCAUAAUCCCGCGCUCUUUAUGUCCGAACCCAGUGCUAUCGGAUUGCUUCGCAAGUAUCUACCUCAGAUGAUUGGAUUGAAGCGAUUGCAUCUCGCGGAUGUGUCGUUAUCAUCAGAACAAGUCAUUUCUCUUGCUGAAAUAUUGCCCGAAGCUAAGACUCUGGCGCACAUUAAUAUACUUGAGAACCCGGAUCUCGUAAGCUUGGCUGACGCUAAGACUGAAGAGGCCCAAGAGGAGGCAUGCGCUCUAUAUGCUUCCCUCCUAGCCGCUGCUCGUGUGUCGAGAGCAUUAGUUAAGGUUGACAUAGAGAACCCUAGUUCCGAAUCAGGCGAGGUUGUCAAAGCGUUGGCAGAUCGUGUCGUGGUAUAUUGUAUGAGGAAUUUGCAGGGCGUACCGGAAUUUCAGGAUUCGGUCAGCGACGAUAGCCAGCCAGAUAAGUUACCGGAGGUUCUUCGACAUCUUGUUGGCCAUGAGGACGAAUCUCCGCUUGUUACUAUGGAUGAUGAUAGCGAACCUGCACCCGACGAGGAUUAUGUCAUUGGCGGUACAGGUGUUGUGAAAGCUCUAGCUUGUGUUCUGAAGAACCGAGGGGACGAUACCAGGCGACAAUCGAGCGAAUUUACUAGAGACCUCGAAUCCGGUAUAACCACGCCUAGAACCCAGUUGCCUCCAGGAAAGGUCAAGGAUAUGUCCAAAUAUUUGCUUAUUAGCGCUCGGAAGAUCCGCGCACGGCUUCAGCCAGCCUUGGCUAUGGCCAAAGCAUCUUCCACCAAGGACAUACACAACUACCAUCGUCUUAGCUUCCUCGACCAAACUAUCGAGGAAAUCAUACAACGCUUCGAGAACGAGUUCCCAGAAACACGGCAAUUAUCAACGGAGGCCCCUGCAUCGGAUCGUUUAACUGGUCCUGCGACUGAGCGCACGUCUAUUUCAUCUCUUGAAGUAGACACGGGUCCAAUGUCGGAUACGGAAGAGGCAGAAACAGUCCUUCGUUCGCCGAACUCUCGAUCCCGGCCUAACUCUGUUAUCUCCUUUACUUCCAAAGCUCUUGCGGAGGAAGAAGCGCUCGCCCUCCGUGUCGGCCAUAGAUUCCGCCGGGGCCUUCUACUUAACAAGGAGCAUUAUGAUUUGCUCAUCGGCAAUGAGGAGAUCGGGAACGAUCCUAACCAUGUAAAGGUCGUAUCAUCCAUAAUUAGCGAAUUAAUGGACGGAGACGAGGACGUAAAGAAGGCCGUCGAGGAGAAGGGACCCGUGCGUGCCUUCCAAGAAAAUAGGGAGGAAAUUGUAAGAAGAUUGCGCGAUGAGGAUCCUCAGUACUGGGAGAAUUUCAUCGAAGCACAGGAGAAAGCCAGGGCCAACGUCCACGUCGAAUCUAAGAACGAACUCCAACAAGAUAACAUUUCGGUCGACGAAGAGGCUAUUUCAGACUAAGCGCAGUGCGCCAUGAUCGAAAAUCGGGGGAAUGGCAACGGAUAAGGAAAUCUAAUAUGUUGUAUCGAUAUCUGUACCAAUGCCAAGUUGCAUUUUGAGCGUUCGAGGGGGACUCAACGGGGUAUCUGUUUAUUUAUUUAUUAUUCGCGAACGGAAAUAUCGCAUGUACGAUAUUCUCUGGCGUUCAGAGGCGUCGAACUUUGGAAUAGCUUGGUAACUCACUACCUGGGAGGUAGUCAAUAGGGAAAGGAAGUGUGAAAAGUUCAAUUCAAAUCGAGGAGGGAAGGAUGGAAAGGAGACACGAAUAGUGGGGAUAGUGGACAGUGGCUCUCGAAGCUAUAAGCUUAACUAUAAGAGACGCCGUACUUGACU